UGUUUUGAAAUAUAUUAAAUAAGAUACAGAAGGUACAUUUAAUUCCUUGAAGAACACAUAAUUAGAUGGUUUCGUGACACUGCACUGAGGUAUUACUUUUGGAAUGCCAUGACAUAAGAAAUAGCAUCAAACUUCCGUACUGGAAGGGUGACAAUAGCCUGGGUCUGGAUAGCUUCUUAUUUUUCUCUCACAGUUAUAAUAUAUAACAAUCAUAUAUUGGAUGUGAGAAGGUGCGGGUUUCUGUAUAAUGUCGACUGGCAAUACAUACAGUAAUUUGCUUAUUAGUCAAUGUUAUAAUUUGGGAUUUUCGCCCCAAGGUGGAGUAGCUCUGUUGUUUGUUUUUGCGCUAUUUGUCGUUAGAUUUGUUUUGUGUGUGCUAUUUGCUGAUAUGUAAAAGGAAAACACGGAUGCAUUCUGCUGGUAUAAUAUCAACAUGAAUCACCUGCUAUAGAACAGGUCAGGUCAGUUCUAAAUUAUUUUUAUGACGGAGGAAGAGAGACAGCUUUUUAAGUGGGGUUGGUGGACAGACUCACAGUAGGAUAAUUUGCCAUGGCAUCAGCUUUCCUCUCGGUACUGGGCUUGCCGCUGUUUCUCAUCUUGGUGGUUUCCACGAAUGGAGUGGAUGCCAAAACGAGACAGAAGAGGGAGUGGGUUGUCCCCGCACAGAAGCUAACAGAAAAUGUGGACUACACAGGAAAAACAUUCGUAGCACGGGUUAGAUCUGACAAAAACGAUAAAGUGGACCUUGACUACUUCCUGAAUGGACCAGGUGCCACUGAAGAACCCUUUAAUCUUUUCAUUGUGGACAAAAGAAAUGGCCUCAUUAGGGUUACUGGAAUUUUGGACAGAGAAAAAAUCCCAAUGUACACCAUGUCAGCUGUUGUAAAAUACAAAAAUGGAUCCAUUGCAGAAGAUAACAUUGCAAUGAGGAUUGAGGUCAUUGACCAAAAUGAUAACCCCCCAGUAUUUGAUGUGUUGCAACCAGGAAAUGUUAGUGAAGGAAGUCCACCAGGUACAUUCGUCACUCAAGUAAGAGCCACUGAUAAGGAUGAUCCAGCUACUCUUCAUACAGUGAUUAGUUACAGUAUUAUAAAGCAGGAACCAGAAGAUACAGGAUUCAUGUUUAAUAUUAACUCAAGUUCUGGACAAAUUUGUGUAUGGAAACCAGAUAUUGAUCGAGAAAGGAUCAGUUCCUACGUAUUGACAGUAAAGGCUACAGAUAUGAAUGGGCAUCCAGGCGGGCUCACUGGAACUGGAACGGUGACGGUGAAGGUUCUGGACAUCAACGAUAACAUGCCCACUCUGGAGAAGGAUCAGUAUGAGGCCGGUGUGAAUGAGAACACAGCCAACGUGGAAGUGCUGAGAAUUAAAGCGCUCGAUAAAGAUCUGGAGCAGACUGACAACUGGCUGGCUGACUUCGAAAUAGUUUCAGGAAAUGAGGACGGGACGUUCAGUAUUGAGACAGAUCCUAAAACCAAUGACGGUGUCCUAAUUCUGAGAAAGGAAGUUGACUUUGAACAAGUCCCAAAUAUGCAGCUGGGUGUGGUUGUACGAAACAAGGCACCUUUUCAGAACUCAGUCUGGUCAGCAGGCUCAGAUCCAUCUUCAAGACCUGGAUCUGGUGGCACCUCAGGCUCGGGAAGUCUUAAACAGUAUCCAAUAAAAGUCAACAUUAGGAACCUGCCUGACCCCCCCCGGUUUGUUCCAAAGGUUAAAGCAGCAUCCAUUCCUAAGGACAGCACCAAAAUCAAUCUCCCACAUGUGAUUGCAACCUACCCAGUCAUUGAUGGGGAUUCUGGGACAGUGGCCAAAAAUAUCUGGUAUGCCAAGGAUUACGAUCCAGAACAACUGCUGUCAAUCAACGAAACGACUGCUGAAGUGAAACUCAACAAGGUGCCAGAUCAGAAGUCCAAAUAUGUGAAGGACGGGACAUAUUAUGCAAAAGUCAUCGGUGUAAUGAAAGAUUUCCCAUUCAAGACGGCUACUGGCACCAUAGCCAUCGAGGUUCAGGAUUCCAAUGAAAACUGUCCUCACAUCACCAGCAGCCACCAGGUUCUGUGCUCGGAUGUCCAAGCUGUGACUGUUACAGCAGUCAAUGAGAAUGAUGACCCUAAUGCUGCACCCUUUGGGUUCACCUUGGUAGCUCAAAAUCCGAGCGAUCAAUGGGAGCUGGAGAGUUUUAACGACACUGCAGCUGUCCUGAAGCCCACCCGUAAAUUAGAGUCUGGUUCCUCCAUGAUCACCUUGGUAAUAAAAGACCGCCAAGGGCUCGCCUGUUCUGACAACCAAGUGCUCAAUUUGGAUGUAUGCACCUGCACUGAAGAUUCUGUCUGUGAGGGCAGAGCUUUGAGCCCGAGUUUUAAAUCCUUUGGAUCAUCAGCAAUAGGAAUAAUGAUUCUUGCGAUUUUCCUGCUUUUGCUGGCACCUUUCCUGUUGCUUUUCUGCGGCACAUCCAAUGGACAUGGCUCUGAAAAAGUGGACCUGUCAUAUCUCAAUGAGCCGACAAUGAUUACUUAUCACACUGAAGGAAUAGGUGAAGACAUGGACCUGCUGAAGCUCCCUGUGAUGCCAUCUGAAGAAAUAAGAAUAGAAGAAAACCCCAAUCCCAAAUUUCCCUUUAAGAAGAGAAAUAUUUUUGAAAAUGUCAUCCAUCGUGUUUCUCCCAUCAACAGAAGCGUGACUGAUUACCCGAUUAACAAAGAAAAAGAUAACAAAGGCACUAUACGCAUUAGCGAGGGUUAUGGAGGCGGUGAGCUCAUUGGGAAAUACAGAACUUCAUCCAUGGGAUUCUUGAAAAAUUACUAUUCACAGAAGGCAAGAUUUAUAUCCGAAGACAAUAACGAGAAUGAUAUCAUUAUGAAUUACAAAAGAGAAUGUGGCAGCUCUCUUGCUGGAUCUAUUGCAUCCUUAAGUUUUGUUGACAUGGACGACAAUCUUGACUUCCUGAACGAUCUGGACCCAAAGUUUAAGACGCUGGCAGAAGUCUGUACGAAUGGAGAAACCGGAUUCGAAGAAUACAGGCCACUAGAAGAAGGAAUCGCCGAGCACGGUGUCGAGCCAAAUCACAAGAUCUGCGGAGAAGGCACUGAGACAGUGAAGGCACAGCAACUGAACAUAGCGAGUUCAAGUCUAGCAAGUCCUGCAAUAAAUAUAUCCGUGACAGCUGGUACACAAGAACUGAACACUGCAGGUUCAAAUACAAUAAGCUCUGCUGAAGAAAUCCCCAAGAUCACGUCUGCCUUUCCUAACAUGCAGGCCCGAGAAGAUACUAUUGAUUUUAAUCAGAUGUGUCUCAUCCAGCAGCCUGUGUACUACACCACUACCCCUGUGUUACAGUCCACUCAAUAUGUUGUUGAUCCUCAGGUUAAUAAUACUAUUCUGGUCUCUGGAUGGCCCCCAGUUACAAACAUGCAGGCCAUGUGUGUAGUGAAUGGUGCUCCAAGAUCUGACAUUAUGAUAUUGGGAGAGAGAGUGCUGGUAGGUCCAUCUGCUCAGAAUGCUCCAUUUGCUGAACACCCAGGAACCCUCAGAAUGAAUGAGAACGUUUUAUUGGUGGAGAGAAAGGGCAUGUCAGGUCCGAUGGUACAGGAAGCCACUGCUGGGACAAACCGAGGCCUUGUUCAAAUGGGUAAUGUCCCAAAGUCCCAGAAUAUCACACUCUCCAGAAAGGUGCAGCUGGAAGACCCAACAUAUUUUCAAGAAGGGUCAAGAGGGACCAGCCCUGCUCCGCAAGAUGGUUUCACAGAAUAACAUGUUAAACUUAAAGACCGCUGGAGAACGUGGCUUUCUAAAGGUUCUGCUGCUAUAGUAGUCUAUUACUGGCUGGGAACUGUAUGAAGCCUAGUUACAGGGAUUGAAGGGGACUGUUAAUUGACAAUCGAAAUGAGGGUUAAAAUUAAGCCAUUA